AUGUCCUCCACAUCCCGAUUCAGCCUCGCCGGCAAAACCGUCGCCAUCACGGGCGGCGGACGAGGCCUUGGCAUCACACUCGCGCUGGCCGUCGUCGAAGCCGGCGGGCACGUCGCCUGUCUCGACAUCCUCCCAGAGCCCGCGGCGGCCGAGUGGGAAGCGCUGCAGAAGACGGCAGCUUCGGCACCGGGCGGUCCGCUGGCCUGCUCAUACCACCAGUGCGACGUGACGUCCGAGGCCGAGAUGGAAAAGGCGAUCGACGGCAUCGCGGAGGAGGCGGCAGGCCGGGGCGCCGAGCUCGCAGGCUGCGUGGCGUGCGCGGGGAUACAACAAAAGACGCCGGCGCUCGACUACCCGGCGGCGGAUUUUGAGCGGAUCCUCCGAGUCAACGUGACUGGGGUGUUCAUCACGGCCAAGUACGCGGCGCGGGUCAUGGUCCGGCGCGGCAUCAGGGGCAGCAUCGUGCUGAUCGGCAGCAUGAGCGGCGAGAUUGCCAACCGCGGGCUCACGUGCACGGCCUACAACAGCAGCAAGGCGGCGGUCCAGCAGAUGUGCAGAUCGCUGGCCCAGGAAUGGGGAAAGCACGGCAUCAGGGUUAACUCGUUAUCUCCCGGGUACAUCCGAACUGCCAUGACGGACGAAUUGUUGGCAGCAGAGCCUUCCUUGGAAAAGACGUGGAUGGCAGGUGCGCUUCUGGGAAGGUUGGGAACGCCCGAGGAUUUCAUGAGUCCCGCUGUGUUCUUGCUGGCGGAUGGCAGCUCGUUCAUGACGGGCAGUGACCUGCGUGUGGAUGGGGGGCAUUGCGAUGAAAACAAACCUUCCUGCUCCAGGUGCAGCAGAGUCAACGAAGAGUGCAAAUGGGGCGUUCGUGUUGGCUUUCGCCCCGUGAACCCAUUGACCUGGGUUGGGCCAUCCUCCUCUGAGCAGAGCUUACAGAGUCCGAGUCCGCUGCUUCCCCCGUCGUGUUCUGGUCAGUUCGAGAUUGUCGACCUGACUAAGGCCAUCGUUUACGAAUAUGCGGGGCCAGAAGAGAAGCCAGCAAGGUCCGGGCACCUACGAAACACAUCCGGCAAUCCCAAUUCGUCCUCGGCAAAACGUCACAGCCCUUCACUCCCCGUGGAAGGGCGUGUGGAUGCGACGCGCGAACCACCACCAGCCUCUCUGGGGGACCUGGUCGAAAAGUCGCCGCUGGAAUCUCCGAUAGGCGCCGCUCAAAACCGCAGAGGCUCAAAGGAGACAAGCCUAUCAUCAGAGGCUCCCACUCACACGCCUUCUGCUGCAGACAGCCUUGAGCUUGCCUCGAGCUACCACAGCCCGCAUUCGCCACCGCUGGCAGCAGAACACGCAUUCGCAGCGGCCAACCUGCUGUCUCUGCGCGAUCAGGCACCGGCACCGGCACUCCUCCCUCACGAAGCCCGUCCAAGUUUGCACGUGAGUCCCGUGUCCGUGCCGCCUGCCAAACCUGUGGAUACUGUUUCCGUCGUCACAACUGAGGCUUCCCCAGCUCCCGUCGGCGAAUUUCUGUCGGAUUAUGGUUACAUUCUAAACAGCGACGGCAGCCUGCUGCCCGGCCCAACGUACUUUGGCUUGCACACUACUCUGAGGGACCACCUCAUCCAGGAAAGCUUAUCUAGGCCUAGCACCCCUUCCCCCAACUGCGAGGAUAAUGUGGGCAUCCAACCAAGUAUGCAAGCUGAUGCGCUUGAUCAAGGAGAUGGGAGCACCUUGAUCCUCAAACCCGAUGAGGAGUACCUACUCUGGAAAAACUGGAUCGAUGAGGUGUGCCCAUGGCUCGAUAAAUUUGACUGUCAAGAACACUUUCGACUCAGCCUGUCCAAGAUGGCCAGCUCGCAUCUUCACCUCAAAUACUCUAUCAUGGCAGUCUCAGCUCGGCAAAUGGAGAGGCAAAGAGGGCCGCAGGGUCUUGCCAUUCCGAGUAGCCUUGCAUUAUACCAACAAGCCAUUCAUCACCUUCUCCCUCAGCUCGCAACUCGUAGCACGGCAGUCAUCGCGUCCUGCGUCCUGCUGUGCGUCCUGGAGAUGCUGAGCUCUUCACCCAAGGCCUGGCAAAGGCACCUGGACGGCUGCGCAACGCUCCUGCAGGCCGUGCCCAUUCACGGAUUCUCUGGAGGGGUUGACCAAGCUCUGUUCUGGUGUUUCGCCCGCAUGGACUUGGCCGGAGGUUUGAUAUCGUCCACCAAGACCCUUAUACCAGCACGAGUCUGGACUUCCGAGUCAUCUCUUCCUGCUGCUCUGUCCAUGUUUCAAGCGCACACGUCGUGCGAUGUGUAUGCAAAUCAGAUCGUCUUCCUCGCGGCGCACGUCGUUGAGCUGCUCCACGGUUCUGCCCCUCCAGCAGAGUCCACGGGGCCUCGUGGUCGGCCUGGCACGGGUUGCCAUCUGCCCGUGGACUCGGGGAGCCCCAGCGUGGCCGAGAGAUGGGAAGAGCUGGCCAGGGCGGUAGAAAAUUGGUACGAGCGACGACCCAAAGAGAUGGAGCCCGUCUUCUCGGUCGGCAGGGGCGACACCACCUUCCCGACGUUACUAUUUAGCAACCCGGCCGCCAUCUCAGGCAACCAGGUGUACCACACGGCGGCAUUGCUUCUGCUGCAGUACCGGCCGCCCCGGGCCCGACUGCCGCCCAACAGCCGCUCUUUGCUCUGGCACGCGAGGCGCAUCAUUGGCAUCUCGCUGUCCAACACGCAUCACGGGUGCUGGACCAACAGCCUGCAGCCCAUAUGGAUAGCAGGGAGGUGCUUGAGCAGUCCCGAGGAGCACCGUGUGAUAUUGGACCUUUUGGCGCGGAUCGAGACGGAGAGCGGCUGGGCGACGAGAUGGAGGGCCGACGAUCUUCGGGAGUGGUGGGGUGGACCCGAGUAA